AGGAGGGAAAAGCAACAAUCCGAAAUUAUAUAUUUCAAAACAAAUUCCUCCCUCUUUCGUUGAGGGUUAUCGAUGAUCGCGUUCGUGAUGAAGCAGCAGACGUUAAUACCAGAUUCUGGUUUCACGGACCAUCAAAGCCCUAAUUCAAACCCUAACGAUGGUUUAAAUGGCGGAAAGGUGACGGAUUUAGGAAAUGGGAGCGACAUCGUAUACUUGCCCCGGUUUCUGACGCCGGAAAAGUCAUGGGAGUAUCUCCACUAUCUCAACAAACACAUCCCAUGGACAAGACCUACCAUUCGCGUCUUCGGUAAGCCUUGUGUCCAGCCUAGAGAUGUAUGCUACAUUGCAAGUGAAGGCUUGAAGGAACUAAGUUACAGUGGAUAUAAACCAGAUGCACAUUCUUGGGAUGAUUUUCCACCAUUGAAGGAGAUUCUGGAUGAGGUACACAAAGCCUUUCCUGGGAGUCAUUUUAACAGCUUACUUUUAAAUAGAUACAACAGUGGAAAUGACUAUGUUGGGUGGCAUGCUGAUGAUGAGAAGCUUUAUGGAGACAAUCCAGAAAUCGCCUCAAUCUCCUUUGGAUGUGAACGUGACUUUUUGUUGAAAAAGAGAAAUUAUAAGAAAUCUAAAGGUGAAGUUGAGGGUGAGCCUCCAAGCAAGCGAUUGAAGAAGAAUAAUGGUGUAGAGCAAUAUAGUUUUAACUUGAAGCAUGGUUCGUUGUUACUGAUGAGGGGUAACACACAACGAGACUGGCUUCAUUCAGUGCCUAAACGGUUAAAAGCGGGGUCUACACGAGUUAAUCUCACAUUCAGCCGUUGCAUGCCGGUGUGUUUGUCUCGGCUAUCAGAAUUCAGAAUUCUGAAGAUCUUUGGAAUCUGA